AUGUCUUUGGGAACUUUGAGGGAGCAUAUGCUCAACUCUGGGACAGAAGAAGUGAAGAAUACAGUGGGCAACUCUUUGGGCAAACUGCAAAGGAAAAUAGAUGGCAGUAAUGUAGAAGAGAACCACAUUGAACUGACAGAAGAUGGGCGUCCGGUGGCAUCCACAUCUCGUCCUGCUCCGUUGCUGGAUUGGAACUGUGGCGGUCUUCCCAAGCGCUACAUCAUCGCCAUCCUCAGUGGUCUGGGCUUCUGCAUCUCCUUUGGGAUCCGCUGUAACCUCGGCGUUGCAAUUGUGGAGAUGGUUAACAACAACACUGCAUUUGUUAAUGGAACCGAAGUUCUUCAGAAAGCCGAGUUCAACUGGGACCCAGAGACAGUUGGACUUAUCCAUGGCUCUUUCUUCUGGGGCUACAUCAUCACUCAAAUUCCUGGUGGUUUCAUCUCAAACAAGCUGUCUGCCAACAGGGUGUUUGGAGCUGCCAUUUUCUUGACGUCAGUGCUGAAUAUGUUUAUCCCAUCAGCAGCAAGGGUGCACUACGGCUGUGUCAUGUUUGUUCGCAUCCUACAGGGCUUAGUUGAGGGCGUCACUUACCCAGCGUGCCAUGGUAUGUGGUCAAAAUGGGCCCCACCUCUUGAACGCAGUCGACUAGCCACAACAUCCUUCUGUGGAUCCUAUUCAGGAGCUGUGAUCGCCAUGCCUUUAGCUGGCGUGAUGGUUCAGUACAUUGGGUGGCCGUCAGUCUUUUACAUCUAUGGUGUUUUUGGAAUCCUGUGGUAUGUCCUGUGGCUUCUGUUGGCCUAUGGAAGUCCUGCGGUGCAUCCAACCAUCACGGAUGAGGAAAGGACAUACAUUGAGUCGACCAUUGGAGAAACGAUCCACCACCAGAGCGUGACUCAGAAAUUCAAGACACCAUGGCGUCGUUUCUUCACCUCCAUGCCAGUCUACGCCAUCAUCGUGGCCAACUUCUGCCGCAGCUGGACCUUCUACCUGCUUCUCAUCAGCCAGCCGGCAUAUUUUGAAGAGGUCUUUGGGUUCCCAAUCAGCAAGGUGGGGAUUCUCUCUGCUGUGCCCCACAUGGUCAUGACAAUUGUUGUUCCAGUUGGAGGACAGCUGGCAGACUUCCUGCGUAGUAACAAAAUCAUGACGACUACAAAUGUGAGGAAACUCAUGAACUGCGGAGGUUUUGGUAUGGAGGCUACUCUGCUGCUAGUGGUAGGCUUUUCACACACCCGCGCUGUGGCCAUCUCCUUCCUGGUGCUUGCUGUAGGCUUCAGUGGAUUUGCCAUCUCAGGCUUUAAUGUCAACCAUCUGGACAUUGCGCCUCGCUAUGCCAGCAUCCUGAUGGGCAUUUCCAAUGGAGUGGGAACGCUGUCUGGAAUGGUGUGUCCCCUGAUUGUUGGAGCCCUGACUAUACACAAGACCCGUCUUGAGUGGCAGAAUGUCUUUGUCAUUGCAUCCAUGGUGCACUACACAGGGGUCAUCUUCUACGCUAUCUUUGCCUCGGGAGAACAACAGGACUGGGCCAACCCCGAGAGUACGAGUGAGGAAAAACGUGGCUUUGUCGAAGAGGAUGAGCUCGCUGAAGAGUGUGAGCUCAACAGUGAGAGCAUGACGGCUCCCAAAAUAAGCUACGGAACGACGGAUAAUGUGUCAGGUCGGAAACAUGGCUGGAAAAAGAAGAGAGGGGUGACCUUGCAAGAGGAGGAAGAACAUUAUGCAAAUGGAGACUUUCAGAAUGAUUACCAAUGAGCAGUUCUGUGGGGAUACAGACUUUCACACUUCUGUGAUGAUUCAGUUUUACACCUGUGAAAAUACAAAUCUCUCAUCCACAUAUGAAAACACCAAUUUUAGAGUGAUGACUUUUUUUUGAAAGCAAAUCAAAACAAAAGAGCAAAUGCUAAAAUGUUAUCUUCAUCAUUAUUUUAGAAAUUAAUUGUCUUGUCAAAUGUCAAGUCUCACCUAUGCAACAUGCAGUCUGGGUUUGAUUGCAGUGUUGUUGUUUGGAAUUGAAUGCUGUUGCAGUGGAAAACAUUAGGCAUACCUGCACAAUGUAACAUUCCAAGAGCUGUUUCAAAAACUGUGAAAUUACAAUGAUAAUGUUCUUCAUGUUCUUCUCAUGCUUGGGUUUGUGUUCUAGGGUUACUAUUACUUCCCCCCAGGUUCUCAAACAUGCAUUAGAUCAGGUUAGGUAAUUGAAGGACGUACAUUGUCCAUAUGUGUAAAUGUGAGUGUGAAUCAUUUGUCUAUAUGUGCCCUGCGGCUGACUGGCAACGGGUUCCGGGUGCGCCCAAAGUCAGCUAGGAUAGGCUCCAGCUCACCUGUGACAUUAAUGAGGACAACCGCUAUAAAAAAUGGAUGGAGUAUCAGAGAGGUAUUAAUUCAACAGUAUCAAUGUUGUGUCAAGUUUCCUUCUUUAGCUACUCAAAUGGGUUUCACUAAGAGACAGUACAUCACCUCAACUACAACCAUGUUAACAAACAUUCACACAAGAAAGCGAUUAUUAAAUUAAUACUUAACGUCUCAGAAACACAUUCGAUAUUGAGCAUUAUUAUUUUAACAUUUACUAGUAUAUGUGUUUUUGAUACAAUACAUUUGAUGUUCGGUUAGAGCUUAUUUGACUGCAGGUGUACCUAAUGUUGUGGUAGGUGACAGGAGUCAGUUUCAUUAUUUAUACUGUUCCUCUCUCAUUCCUGAAGCAUUUCCUAUUUAUUGUUCAGAUGUUUGUCAAUUUUGUCUGCUCCUUUAGUGCUCACAAGCAAAAACUGUUCCGUACACAAGAGUAUUGAUGUUAGAGAGAACAUCACUUUGGUUUGUGCUUUAAUCAA